AUGCCACAACUUCGAAGUGGAGCAAGGAGAUCAAAACGGCUUGGUGAUCUUCAGCCUGCCACUCAACCAAUCAAUCAAGCAGAAAACACCGCCCCACCAACCCAAACCAGACCUAGAAGAAAGACUGGUGGUGGUGGUGGUGGAAGGGGAAGAGGCGGUGAUGCUGCAGGUGUAGCCAAAGGGCCUGUAGCGGCAUUACCAGUGAGGCCAACUGUUGGUGGUAGAGGUAGAGGUGUUCGGUUGAUUGAUUUGGACCCUGAACCUCCUUGUGAUAUUAUCCCUGAAGCUCCAAUUAGACUAGACACAGUUGCAGAUAAAGACAUUGCCAUGGAAGGUGGAAGUGGUGGUGCUGAUAAAGUUAUGGGUGUUGAGGAAGAAGGCAACUCAACUCCUGUUCCCGAAAGGGUACAAGUGGGAAAUUCUCCUAUAUAUAAGGUGGAAAGAAAGUUGGGGAAAGGUGGUUUUGGACAGGUUUAUGUUGGGAGGAGGUUAAGUGGUGGAACAGAAAGAACAGGGCCAGAUGCAGUUGAGGUAGCAUUAAAGUUUGAGCAUCGCAAUAGUAAAGGUUGCAACUAUGGUCCUCCUUAUGAGUGGCAAGUUUACAGCUCAUUGAAUGGAUGUUAUGGGAUUCCAUGGGUUCACUACAAGGGUCGACAAGGUGACUUUUACAUUCUGGUCAUGGACAUUCUUGGACCAAGUCUUUGGGAUGUUUGGAACUCUUUAGGCCAAUCAAUGUCACCAAGUAUGGUGGCUUGCAUUGCUGUUGAGUCGAUAUCAAUUCUUGAGAAGCUUCACUCAAAAGGGUUUGUUCAUGGAGAUGUGAAGCCAGAAAACUUCUUACUUGGUCAACCAGGAACUGUGGAUGAAAAGAAACUAUAUCUUAUCGACCUUGGUUUAGCAUCAAAAUGGAAAGAUUCAACUUCUAGUCAACACGUUGAGUAUGAUCAACGACCAGAUAUAUUUAGGGGGACAAUAAGAUAUGCAAGUGUGCAUGCACAUUUAGGUCGAACAGGAAGUAGAAGAGAUGACCUUGAGUCACUUGCAUACACAUUAAUAUUUCUCAUUAAAGGAAGGUUACCAUGGCAAGGUUACCAGGGAGACAACAAGAGUUUUCUUGUUUGUAAAAAGAAAAUGGCAACAUCACCCGAGUUGAUGUGUUGUUUUUGUCCUGCACCAUUUAAACAUUUUCUUGAAGCUGUUACAAAUAUGAAAUUUGAUGAAGAGCCAAAUUAUUCUAAAUUAAUUUCUUUAUUUGAGAGCCUUAUUGAACCCGUUACAUCACUACGACCAAUCAGAAUCGAUGGGGCACUCAAGGUGGGACAAAAAAGGGGAAGAUUGCUUAUUAAUUUAGAAGAAGAUGAACAACCAAAAAAGAAAGUAAGAUUAGGUAGUCCUGCUACACAAUGGAUUUCUGUUUACAAUGCACGUCGCCCAAUGAAACAAAGAUAUCAUUAUAAUGUAGCUGAUGCGAGACUUGUUCAACAUGUGGAUAAGGGUAAUGAAGAUGGUCUAUACAUCAGCUGUGUGGCUUCAGCUUCAAAUCUUUGGGCUUUAAUUAUGGACGCAGGAACAGGAUUCUGUUCCCAAGUUUAUGAAGUUUCUCCUGUCUUUCUUCACAAGGACUGGAUUAUGGAACAGUGGGAGAAGAAUUUUUACAUCAGUUCAAUAGCUGGGGCUGCUAAUGGAAGCUCAUUGGUUGUCAUGUCUAAAGGAACGCCAUACACUCAACAAUCAUACAAAGUGAGUGAAUCGUUUCCAUUCAAAUGGAUUAGCAAAAAAUGGAAAGAAGGAUUCCAUGUGACUUCCAUGACGACAGCUGGCAGUCGUUGGGGUGUUGUCAUGUCAAGAAACGCAGGGUUCUCUGAACAGGUUGUGGAGCUUGAUUUUCUUUACCCAAGUGAAGGAAUACACCGUAGAUGGGAAAGUGGGUACAGGAUAACAUCUAUGGCUGCCACACCUGAUCAAGCUGCUUUUAUUUUGAGUAUCCCAAGGCGUAAAAUGAUGGAUGAGACUCAAGAAACUUUAAGAACAUCUGCCUUCCCUAGCACUCAUGUCAAGGAAAAAUGGUCGAAAAACCUCUACAUCGCAUCCAUGUGUUAUGGUCGAACUGUUUGCUGAAAAACUGAGAAAAUCCAAACGAACAAAAAAAGUUGGAAUUAUGUAAAGAUGUUGGUGUUAAUGUUAUGUUGAGAUGUAAAAUCGAAAUAGAGACAAUAAUGACAAAGAAAAAAGGGAUUGAAGUUUAAAAAAAGAUAGAAGAAACAAAGAGAAAUGUAUGUCGAAUAUGAGGGUGGUGAUGAAUGUGAACAUUUUGACUUUGGUCAAUGUCAUGUUGGUCACUAUUGUGUACCCUUUCAAGAUUUUUAUCAAUCGAGAAAAUGAAAUCUCUUAUGUAUUUUAUCGGUUUUUGGUUAGCUAUUUUUUGUUUGAGUUGAAUGUGUAUUCAACAAUAUGUUCAAAACAGGAAUCUGACUGAUUAGCAAAGAGCCUAUAAGAAUUCAAACAAUCACAUCAUUCCUUUUUAGAAUACACAAAUUGAAAGAAAUCGAU